AUGGCCCGCAGCAAGGCAGCCAAGCAAGUCAAGGACGCUGCAAAGGGCGCAGAACCUGCAAACGCUGCAGGUCCUGCAAACCCUGAGGGUCAGACCUUGACUGAAGGUGGAGUGAACUUGAACUGCCAAAAGUGUGCCCAGCCUACCACUUUGCGGGAGUCAAUCCCAAAUGGUCGGAAUGAGCUCCGGCGAAACUGUUUGGAUUGCGUGUCCACUGACAAGUGGUUGUUGCGGGCUUCCAAGAAGCCUUCAGGAGUGGAGUCCGAUCAGCAGAAAGAACGCAGAGAGAAAGCAGAAGCCACAAAGUCUGCGUUGACAAAGAUGAGCCCACAGGAGAAGAGUGCUUGGUACCAGAAACAAAAAGAUGAGCGCAAGCAACAAGAGCGAGGUUGCAAGCGAACUUUCUCGACCGGAGUUGGCUUCGUUGUGGACGAGGAAAAGCAGAAGUUCGCAGAGCACGAGCUUGAUGUCUUCGAGACAUCUGAAAUGUGGUGUGGCCGCAUGAUGACCUUGAAGAAAUUCGACACACUGGAAGCUGCCGAGGCAGCUUUCAAGUUGGAAUGCAAGAAGUCUGGCGCCAAGACCAAGGUGAAGCGGGGCGAGACCUUGUUGGCUUCUUUCCAAGGCGUCCAGGCCAAAGCUGGCUCCUCGCAUUCUCUCAGCCAUGGCGUGCGGCAGCGAGCAGAUCUGACAGAGGAAGCUGACUUGCAAGACUUCAAAGAUGAAGUCAAGUCAAAGGCGGAGAAGGCUACUUGGCGUUUGGAAUCUGACCGGCAAGCAUUCCUGGAAGGAACGCUCCAAGGCCACACUCCGUUGCUCAAUGUGGCCCAGGACAUGGCCAAGGCCAAGGCCAUUGAAGCAGAAAUGGAAUCCCAGUGGAUGCAGACCUUGGAAGCCACUGCUGCCCAAAAGAAGGAGGAGAACAAGAAGCCGACCAACCCUGUCAAGAGUGUUGGCGUGGAAGCGAUGGGUGUGGAGGCAGCAAUCCAGAGAAGCGUCCAAAACAUGAAUGAUGCAGUGUCCAGGCAGAAGGCGCUGCAAGAGCAAGCGAAAGAAGACUCAAACCUUCUUGAAACUGAGAUGUUGCGAGAGGAGGCGCGAGAGUUUCAGACCAAGGCAGAUGGUUUCUUGCCUCUCAUUCUUGAGGAAAUUGCCACCAAGGAGAAGGAUUGGAAGCAGCAGUUGACUGCAAGCUUGGAGGCCAAGAGUGCGCAAGACCUCCAUGACUUGUGUUUGGAGAUUGCGAAGGGGUUGAAGGACUGGCUGGCAAAUUCUACAUCCUUGAAGAGUUUCAGGGAUAUUGUCAAAGAGUGGCGUUCUUGGUUGGCAAAGUGCAAAGCUUCCAGCAAAAAGAAGGACAAAGCUGCCACAAAAGCCCAGAGUGCAGCGAUGUCAAGUGCAAAGCUUGCCGUUGGCUCGUCUUGGCACAAUUUGGGCUUGUGCCGACAGGCGAUUGACAAGUUUGCCAAUGAUGGUUCAUUGGAUCGGGACUUUGGGAUUGCGUGGAGCCUUGAGAAGGAUUUGCUCCUUGCCGAUCCUUCGCAGGAGAUUUGCCCAGUGGUUUUGUCUGAGGGGCAGGCUUCCAGCUACUGCACCGAGAUGGCCAAUAAUGAAUACUUUAAGUUUCAAAAGGUUUGGGUCGCCGAGCAAAUGAAGAAGCAAGGGGCCAGUUGUUUCCUUUCAGCUGUUGUCACGAAGACUGCAGUGGCCACCAAACUUGGUAGCCUUUGGGGAAAGCUGUGUGGGCCCGAAGCGUUGAGUUUUUUGUCUGGGUGUUCCGACAACAUGGUCAAGGAGUUGUGUGUUCCACAAUUCUUUCAGCAAGGUGAUGGAACAUGCCAUGCCCACUUGCAUGGAGAUUUUGGUCUCCCAGAUGUUCGCCUGUUGUUUGAGGGGAAAGCCAUUCUUGCUGGAUUGCCCCUUGCUAAGGUUCCUGGCGAAAGCCUUGCUGAGAAAAGGUCGUGGCUGACUUCAGUGACUUGGGAUGUUUUCCACCGGCAAGUGACUUGGUCUGUGAGCCUUGUGCCAGGCAAAGGCGUGGCCAUCCCAGGUGACCACUGCUUCCUUUCCUUCUCUCAGGGCGAGUGCCAUGGAGGGAGAGUUCAUUUGCUGCGUGCCCCUCAUGCCAGCCGCACCAUGAAGCUGUGCAGUGACCAGGUUGAUGACAACGCAGCCUUGCAGAGUCUCAAGACUGGGAGGUUGCUGGAUUGCUUGACCAAAGCAUUGGCGGUUGAAAAGAGGGGUGCGCCCGACAGUGAGGCUCGCCGCCCCAACCCCAAGCGCGCCAAAGCCAAUUCUGCUGAUCAGAACGCCUUGGUUCAGAUUACUGGGAGUGCUGCUGCAGCCUUGGCCUCUGGGGCAGGUGAAGGGCCGUAG